CUGUCGACAGUCGCACCACCGGACGCAUGCAGUCCAUCACCAGCGAGGCCGUACGGGAAGGCCACAAGAACUAUAGGCUCCUCACUCCCGCCGUCGUUCAGUCUUGCUUCUUUUCUCCAACGAAACCUCCACCAACAAAGUCACCGACCAACUGAAGAAAAAUCAACCAACCAAACGACCAACCCUCUCCAUCAGCAGCCGCCCAAAAUGAAGAUCUCCGCAGUCAUCACCGCCAUCGUCGUCGGCAUCUUCGCCGAGACCGCCUUCGCCGGCGUACGUCUCCUCCCUCCACCCAUCCCGUGCCGCACCUACCACGAUUGCAAAUGCGCCAGCCUCGUCUUGCCAGUCUGCCGCAACGGACAAUGCGAAUGUUGGUGAUUGGAUCGCCGGUCUGCUCGACUUGGCGAAGUUGCCGGCGACGAACGCGUGGGUUUGUUUUGAGACAAGCAGGGUGUUUGUUCAGUUUCGUCGUCUUCUUGGCGGAGAUGGUGGUGGUGUGGUGUGGAUGAAGGAGGAUAUUGUUUGGGCUUUGGGACAGUCGUUACCGCGUGGAGGGAAUGUUUGGGUUCUGUUGUUUGGUUUCAACUUCUUCUGG